AUGACACUAAACACAAUGAUAAAUACUACUAUAACAACGAUAUUAACACCAUUUUUGAACAAAAUCAUUGAUACUUUCCAUACUUUAUAUUUUAAAAGAGAUAUUUUUGAAGCAUUAGGAAUUUGGUCAAGUUAUCCUAGAGGUCUCUGUGGACUUUAUAUUAGCCAUUCGUUUUAUAAUACAGUUUAUAGACCUUUUUGGAGAUUAUAUAAAAUAACAUUUCCAAUAAGGUAUUAUUUAGCUAAUAGAUUGAAAUCAUUAGGUGAAUGGAUUGAUUAUUCCAAGUCAAAUAUUAAACUUUUUUCAAUAAAGAAAGAUGAAGAUGUGGAUUUAGAAGGUUUUGAAGGUCCAAAGAUCAAUUAUAUUGGUAGAUUUGUAUCAAAUCAUAACGGGAAUGCUAAUGACAUUAAGUUUCCGAUGGAAAUUUGGGAAAUCAUUGCAAGCAUUGGUGACAUUAAUAACUCAAUCAUGAUGAGCAUCAAUAAAUCAUUCUUCUAUACAUUUGGACCAAAAAUCUAUGAUACUUUGAGAUUCACAAUUGUUUUGACCCCAUUAACCAAGAUGAAACUUACUGAUGAAGCUUAUUUAAAGAAUGGACCUGAUUAUAUCACAGCCAAGUAUUGUGAUUCAUAUUCAAUUUAUAAAAGACAUCAAGAGAGCCAGCAAUUUGAUUAUGAAUUUUUAGAUACUUCAAUUGAUAUUGAUCAAGAUUAUUUCAAACUUCUUGAUCAUAAUGAUACAAAAAGAAAUAGACAUCCUAUAUUGCUCUGGUAUAAAUCUAAGGGAUUUACAUUUGAAAGAUUAAAUCAACCUUUCGAAGUUAGAAGUUUAAAGAAAAUUCAAUUUAUUUUAAAGAAUGUUUUACAAAAUCCAAAUUCAAUAAUGAAGAAGUUCAUUAAAGAAAUCUUACUAGAUGUCUGUGUGUUUGAUGGUUUUGAUAAGCUUAUUACUAUGAAACAGAGCUCAUCAGUAAAUCCGCCUAUAAGCGGACAUGAAUCAUUAGAAGAGUUAAUUGAUCAAAAGGUAAAAAAUAAGGAAAAUGUUUCAGUUAUGAAAUUGGUUAAUACAGAUCAAGUUAUGCCUAUUCGUGUUGUUCCUUUAGAUGAUAAUUUCGAUAGAGUUAGAUGGAAAGAUUCACUUGAAGGGAAAAUUGUAAGAUUUUUCAAAAUUUGUAAUAACAUCAAGAACAAGCUUCCUCGUGCAUCUAUUAUAUCUGAUCUUCGUCACAUUUUCCCACAGAAUGUCUAUUUCAAAGAGAUGUUAUGUGUUUAUUUACUUUCUGAUCAACUUUAUUCACAUAGAUUAAGAAGAAGAAUAAGUAAAUUCCAGCAACGUCAAAUUAAAUAUUUUCAAAAGGCUAAUCCAAUAGAAUACUGGCAUCAAACUAUCAAGAAUAAUGUCUUUGAAAAAACAACAGGUGUACUUGAUAAAGAUGGUCAUUAUAGAAUGACUGUUACUGGUCAAUCAUGUGUUAAGAUUCAAAAUCGUGAAUUUAAAACCAAACAACAAGUUUAUGAAAUUUUCAAUGAUUUGAUUGAAACUUUGACCAAUAUCAAAUCAAAUGACAAUAGUAUUGAUCCAAUUGAAACAUCAAUUUUGAUGUUAGGUACAAAUGAUGGGAAACCACAAGUUUCAAAAGAGUUUACCGAAAAUGCAUCAUAUUUUUACGAACACCUUCCAGAUUUUUCUACUCUUCGAUUGGAACCUCAAUUGAUUCUUAUAAAUAAAUCAGCGACAAUAAAUGAUCCAAAAGUUUGA